AUGGCAUCGUCGACCUCUAGUAACCCAGCGGAGCACAUGGCAGAUGGUGGGAACACCGGUGGCGGCGGGUCGAACUCACCUACGCAAACACAGGAACUUGGAUGUCCGACUCACCGGCAACUUAGUGAAGCACAUGACAGUGUAGUCCGUCCCGUCAGUAACAACCCCGGCGAGGAGGUCCGAAGUCUCCGCCCUACACCAUCUGUCCUGACCUCCGCAGCACAAGGAGUACAAUUAGACUGUGCGAACGCCAGCUUGCCGACGGACGUCCUGCUCACCGAAAACCAGUAUGCUUUGUACGCUGCGUAUUAUCAAUGGUACUACCAUGCGGCACAGGAAGCUCGCAACAGCUUGCUGUCUGAUAACAUGACUAACCGGACACAGCUGCAAGAGCAUCCACCAGACUCGAAGCGUGACAUCGUCAAGAAAUGGAUGAAGCGCCCUGCGCGCCAGCAGAUUGACCAGAACGAAGCUAGCCGUUACUCUCACUGCGAAGGAGGCACCGAAUAUAAUAUCUGGUAUGGAAAAUAUCUGACAGACAGAUACAAUAAGCCCAGUUACUUGGACCGCGAGACCGCGCCGUACAAGUGCAACCCGAAACGCGAUGCUGGCUACACGAGGGCAAACACAGAUGCAUCGGGAGAGCACUUCUUUUGCAUUUAUUAUGCAAAGGGUGGUUGUUGCUUAGGCAAAAACUGCCGUUUUCGCCACAGUGUGCCUACGGCAGACGAUGAGGGCCAUUUGGAAUGGAGUUAUGACAUAUUUGGGAGGGAGAGGUUCAGCACUCACAAAGAUGAUAUGGAUGGCGUGGGCAGCUUCAAUCACGAUUGCAAAACACUCUUCGUCGGCGGGUUCUGCAUCGAUUCCGAAAUCCCUGACGGUCUCAAGAAGAUGGAGAGUUUCCUUUUAAAAGAAUUCAGUGCAUGGGGAGACGUUACAUGUAUCCGAGUCAUUCCCAAAAAGAACAUUGCCUUCAUCACGUACGCCUACCGAGUCCAAGCAGAGUUCGCAAAAGUGGCGAUGGCCGAUCAAAAUCUGGGAAAACAAGCGCCACUUCUAUUGGUGAAGUGGGCUCAUCAUGAUGGAAAUGCGAACAAGCGCAGGACUGACGAGGAAGAAGAGGCGAAACGAAAGAGGCAAAAAGAGUUAACUGAAAUCGGGCCCAGCAUGCCUUCGGCUGACGGCGUCCACCCGGGUGCGUUUCCCUUCCUCCCUGAGGGUUCGGCUUGUCGCGAUGCUGCUGGAGAUGCUGCCGCAGUCUCUGCUACACUCCAAGGCCACUACAAUACAUGGCAAGUGCUUUCAGCCGAUGUGCCGGAGAAAGCUGACAGCAUGAGUGCCAGAUUCAGUCAGGCUGCUUAUCUACAUGGCUCUUUCCUUCAAGACUGGGCAGCUCUCUACGACGGAUGCAGUGAGAAAGACGUAGACGCCGCCCCGCGUCCACUCGCAGAGCAGAUGCCGAAGCCAAAUGCUGAAUCUUCUGGAGGGGGAGACCCCUCUGCCAGCCCUCUCAUUAGUACGGACGAAGCGGAGGAAGCGCUGGGCCGAAUGCAGCACAUUCUCAAUCGGAUCGAUGGACUUGAUGCAACUGCCUUCGAGGUCCCGAUGCACAGCCUGUCAGCGCCUGUUUACCCACAGAUCAGUUGA